AUGGCGGACGCUGGCUGUCCAAUUAUAGCCUAUGAAGAAAAAGAGAAAAUGCGGCUUUUGCUGGUGUCACAGAUAACUCGGUUAACUCGCAUCGGUUUCCCAGGACGUUUACCACGAUUCCGUAGCCCUGGCGACUGCCUCGACAACUUCCGCUGCGCUUGCCCUCCUGUGGAGCCCGCGCUGCCAGCUGACGCGCACGGCCUCUGCCUGUCUGCUCCCCAGUGUCGGCAGCGGACAAUGCAGCCGGCGGUGGUCGUCGCCGCGCUGGCGGCUCUGUUGGCUUCAGACGCGACGGUGCUCGACUGCGUCUGCAGCCACCUCCGCGACGUCACUGGCUCCGCCAGCAUCUGGGGAGCGAGCGCCGGAGAACGUUACAUCUGGUUGCACUACUGUGAAUAUCCCGAAUGGUUCCCAGUGGCCGUAGCGUGCGGGGCCCCGGAGCGCCCGCCCGCCGCAGACUCGCCUGUGGAGCGCCUGACGGCCCGCCUCUGGGACUACGGGCCGCCGCCGCCUCCGCCCGCAGGUGGGCGGCAGGGAGGGAGAGCGGGCUGCGCCGCCGCCCUGGCCGAGCUCCGCCGCCUCGCGUGGGACGAAGCCUGGCAGCUCGUCCAGCAGCUCGACUGCCGGAUCGCCGACGGCUGCGUCGACUCCUGCCCUGAGCCGAGGUUGAACAACAUGGAAUGGAACAUGACAACGCUGCAAACAGAUGAUCUGAAGCACAUCCUGUGUCAGUCACUCCAAGCUGUGCGGCGCAUCACAAGAGCCACGGUCGGCAGGAUGAGAUGUGAGAGCUGGCGUCUACCUGACUCUGAGUGGAUGUAUAAAACUGUUUUCCAGGAACGCCGCUCCAGCUACUGGCGAGAUGUGGUGCAGCUGCUCUCGCUCAGUGCGACGCACUACUCACAGCUGUUGGUUCCCCUCGCAUUAGAAGAUAUGGGUAGCCACACGAGUGGUCAGCAACUCCAUGGUUGGACCAAGGACGUGGAACGUGUGAAAGACAUGCUGCACACGAAAUUAACCGGAUUGGUACACGACGCACAAUACGUCAGCAAACAGGUAGAGCACUACGAGAUGGAAGAAGACAAGGACAGGCCGGGACGCUUGAUAUUCAGGCGACCGCUGUUGAGUGAACGCCUACUGCGCUAUCAGCCGUGGAACCUCUCCUUUCCCGACGACUUCAGUGCGCUGUGCGAGGAGCGGCAGCCACAGGCGUCGCAGAUGUUCAGCCUCGCUGCCUCACUGUACGCCGCCUAUCGCGUCUACUGGUACGCUGCAACUGAGUACAUCGAUUUAUUAUACGAAGAUGAAUUCAAGACUGUAGAGAUGAAGUAGGGAGAGCAAUGUAGCCGAUGAAGUGCACUGAGAAGCUGAUGACAACAGAUUAUGUUCCGUCUCAAAUUCCCCUUGAUAUGAACAUCUGUAGAAAUAAGGCAACCAUCAUCAACCUCUAUGAUAAUCUUGUAUUGAAGUUCUCAUCAUCAUCAAAGGACUCUUCACAAUGUAUGUAUUUAAAACUUGUAAGUGUUAUGAAAUUGUAUUGGCAAUAAAGUGCAAUAUGGAUUGCAACAGUAAAGUUGGUGGAAACGAUAUGUGAAAGCGUCAGUUAACGAUGUUAUAUGUUAUGUACAUGUAAUGCACCCUACAAAAUCAUUUAGGCCAAUGCAUAAGUGUAUGUAUGCUUGUGGGUACCGAAGUCUCCUACCAUAACUCCUGUAGAACGUGGUUUACUGAUGGAGAACCGAAAUAUAUCCUUUAUCCUGUUGGUUUGAACGCAUUUGUAGGAUAUAAAAAUGCUAUUUCAACAUUACUGUAGAGAUAUAAGACAGAACAAAU